UUGUUUAUAACCUGUGAACUUCCUGACUGUGUCUUGUUUUGUCCGCUCGAGCUAACUAUCUUAAUUCAAAUUAAAGUCUAUUUUCAAGAUGGGAUGCGACGGUGGAACAAUUCCCAAAAGACACGAGUUGGUCAAAGGUCCCAAAAAAGUGGAAAAGGUUGACAAGAAUGCAGAGCUAGCUGCGAAGUGGAAGUACUGUGCUUUGAGCCAAGAGAAACUCAGACGCCCCAUCGUUUCUUGUGAGCUGGGCAGGCUUUACAACAAAGAUGCCAUUAUUGAAUACCUUCUAGAUAAGUCUGCGGAGAGACCUAAUACUGAGGUUGUUUCGCACAUCCGUGGGAUCAAGGAUAUAAAGGAACUCAAUUUGACUGAUAACCCUGAAUGGGAAGGAGAGAGAAGAAGUACCAAAGGAGACAGAUAUGAAGACAUUCACUGUGGCAUGUUUAUCUGUCCAGUUGUUGGUUUGGAGAUGAAUGGAAAACACAGGUUCUGUUACUUGCAGACCUGCGGCUGUGUGUUUUCAGACAGGGCCCUGAAGGAGGUCAAGGCAGAAAUCUGCCACAAGUGUGGCGAGCCUUUUAAAGAUGACACCAUUGUUGUGCUCAAUGGCACAAAGGAAGAGGUGGAGAAACUGAGGGAGAAGAUGGAGGACAAGCGGGCCAAAUCUAAAAGUAAUAAGAAGAAAUCAAAGAAGAACAAGGCAGCCGAGACUGUGUGUGCAGCUUCAGAAUCAAAGGAAGACACACAGUCUCCACCAGUGGACGUAGCCGGGAGGAGCUCAGUAGAAAAGGGGAGUGAAAGCAACCAGUCAGUUGAAGAUGGGCCCUCUGGAUCCUCCACCUCCAGUAAAGCCUCCGCCACAAAGAGGUCCAUCCAAGUGACGGACGGAAAGUCUGAGGUCUUUAAGUCCCUCUUCACCACACACAGCUCUGCUAAACGCUCCAAAGAUCAGACAUCCAACUGGGUCACCCACACCCCGUAUCACUUCUAGCUGCCGUCACCCACUGCAAAGCAAAAAGUGAAACCAUCCAUCACCCUGUUCAGUAUAUCAGACAUAUGCUAGCAUAUAAUAGCAUGUGUUCACCUUUUUCCCAGCUGACCUGAAAUUGUUAUGUCACCGGUGGGUGGACUCGCUCCCAGCUCCCCUCCUCCGUUCUCAUUGGCUGUGUAUACGUGCUGUCAACAUUUUGUUAAGAGCCCCCCGAGCGCCGUAGACCUCUUCUUUUGUAGCCUAAGGCCUCUCCCAUGCAUUUCCCCUGCUGUCUGGACUCUCAGUCACAGUUGUUCUGAGAGUUGUUCCAAGAUGACUUCAGGAUCUGUUACUCUGCUGCCUCCUAGUGGCAAGAGUACAGCUUUUUUAUUUAAGUGGGAAAUAACUGACGCUAUUUUCACUGCAACAUCUCCCUUUUUAUAUCCAUAUUAUUUUUCAGAAACAUAUUUACCAGUCAAACAAAGGAUUUAAGCUUAUUUUCAUCCUUUGCUUUGAUCAGUUAUUAUUGUAUUUUUUCCUCAGAAUUAUUUUUGUUUUUUUAUGCUGUAGAGAAUCUUGUGAUGGACUGGUUAUCUGGUGAUUCAGGGUGCACUCUUUCUCUCACCCAAUCACAGCUGGGAUAGGAUAUUAUAGGAAAUGUAUGGAAUUAAGUUGUACAUGAACAGGAAAAAGUACUUAAACCAAAAUACAGUUUUGCUGGAUGAUGUGGAAUUUAAGUCUAGCGGCUGAACACAACCUAUAGAGUAUUUUUUCCAUAUAAAUUAAUUUUUUUCCCUGAUCUUCAAUGUUUAAGUAGAAUUGUACACACUCAAUACACACUUAUUCAAGUUCUCACAGAUUUAAAGGUAAUUGAAAGUAUUUUUGUUCAUUUUGCAACAAUGUCCCAAUAAAGUUUU